AUGAAAGCUGCUAAGAAAAUAAAAGUGGUAGACACAAAGGAGGAUGAUGAAGGUGAAAAACCAUCAGAACCUCCUAAGAAGUCUGCCAAAAAGCCCCUGCUUUCCAAGAAGCCUGCUCUUAAAUCUAAGAAACGAGCAGUGCCUAUAUAUGAGGAGGAAGAAGAGUCUGAAGAAGAGCAGACAGAGAUAAGCCAGUCUGAGACUUCUCCUACAGAGGAGAGUAGUGAGACUGAGCCAGAGGAAAAGCAGCCGAAAAAGAAAAAGAUUAAACCAAAGAAAAAGAAGAAAGUUGCUAAGAAAAUAAAAGUGUCAGAGGAGGAAGAAGACUCAUCUUCUUCAUCUUCCACUGAGGAGGAAGAAGAAGAAGAAGAAGAAGAAGAGGAAGAACCUCCCAAAAAGUCUGUCAAAAAGCCGAAGCCUCCCAAGAAGCCUGUGCGUAAAUCUAAGAAACGCGCAGAGUAA